UUUUAAUGCACAACUGUACAUGCUUCAGUGCAUGAACAAACUCUAAUAAUAGUUGCAUUUUUUUGUGUCCUAAACAUGGCUCAUGUCAUAAUUUAAAGUGAUACACUAGUGUUUGUGCAUUUCUGUAAUAAUGGUUUUGAGGGUAAUGGCUUGAUCUCACUAGUGCAGUUUCUCGACUACGUUUCUGGACGACCACCAACACUGCAUAUUUUGGAUGUCUUUGUCACGCUCAUUGAAUGACUUUCAGUCUGCUGAUGAUUUCAGUGAGUGUUUGGUUAAGACAUGGUAAAUGUCUAGGUAGGAACUUGCUUGAGAAUCUGCCCUAGAGCAUGUGUCAGCCUUGAUUCUAAAUGAGGCUCAUUAGUCUUCUAGUUUCCUAGUCUAUCUUUUAAUGAGAUUAUGCAGGUAUGUGAAGAGUGGUAGAGAGCAACAAGUCACCGUAAAUCUCAUGGCUUGUGAAGACCAGCAAGUGCUAUCAGGAAAUCUUGCAGAGAACAGUGAAAAUGAUUCUGAGCAAGGGUUUCGAAAUGAGGACCAAAUUGAUUUGGAAGAGCCAUCUGUGUUUGAUAGGCUGGGUCCCUACAGUGUUGACAUGACAGAGGAUGAACUGGAGGCCGCUUUCUCUCGGCUAUCUCUGGCCUUUCGCUGUGACCAGUACACUCUCUGCCAGAGGCUGGAGACGGAGGAGCACGCGCGGGACAACGCUGAGGACAACCUCAAACUGGAGGUGGAGAGAGGCAUGGAAGUGCUGGAGACACUGAAGGGAAUGUGUUUCGAUAUUAAACGAGCCGGGCUUCUCCAACGUCUUGAGCUCUGUCUUAACAUCAUUGGAGGAACCAUCGGGCGAAUCUCCAACACAGCAGAGGUUCUUGGGGCAGUGCAUCAGGAGGUUAAAGUGAGUCGUGCUGUGGAACUGAUGGUGGCUCAUGUGGAGAACCUGAACCGCCGUCACGAGAAGAACAGUUUCGAAUUGGAGGAGAUGAAGAAACAGAUGGAGAAAAGCAAUAGAGAGCGAUUUUUCCAUGAGGAGAAGGAGGAAACGGAUGCUAUUGUAAAACCUGAAAAAGACUUACAGAAGUCUCAUUCUCAGACACAGUUACGGCGGCGAAUCAGUACAAAUGUCAUCUCAAAGAGACAACAAGUGAAGGAGUCAGAAACUUUAUUAUCUUUAGUGACCAGUGAGAGCAGUCAGCGGAGAGAAUCAAACCCACAGAAACCAGACAAUACAGACGACUGCCUUCUAAUGGACAGGAGACAAGUACUACCUCGAGAGGAAAGUCCCUCGCAAACUACCAUGGUGAAUAUUUCUGAAAUUCACUCCAGACCUGAGCCGGACCCUGUCAAUGUAAAAAAAAACACAAGUUCUCAUCAGAGGUUGAGGAGGAAGUCUGCGCUGGAAAGCAGUAACGUGUGGCUGAAGAGAUCUGAGCACUACUUCCGAGACUGUGAUAGAUGUGUCAUCAGCCUACAGCGCCCCCUUAUGCAGUGGAUGUAUCACUGCCGCUGGAUAAUCCUGGUCAUCUACCUCACCGUUCUUUUCUCAAUCAUAGUUUUAGCCAUUUUUGUGUGGUUGCUACAAACACCGGUCUUAUGGAUGUAAACACUUAAACAUAAAAAGGAGAUUAAUCUGUACAAUUACAGUGAUUUUUAUUAAGUUUUAAAUAAACUGUUAUAUAUUAGUAAUGGGGAAAAACAAAGCUUUUCAUAGCUUUAAAACAACUAAACUGUUUCAGAAAACGAUUCACUGUUUGGAAACUGUAUAAACUUGUACAAAACCAUUGCAAAUGAUUUAUUAAAAGUGUAAUCUAUUAACUAAAAUUAACUAACCAUCUUAUACCAUUAAAAAGUGUUGGCAAA